UUCAGCUGGUCUGGUCUGUUUCAUCCCAGCAGAAUGCCGCCGUUGCUACUGCCAUUUUUUCUGCUUUUGGUUCUGGCUGACAGGAAGGAAGCAAGUCUCUCAAAGCCAGUAGUGACCCUGUACCCACCAUGGUUCAGUGUGCUCACAGAUGACUCUGUAAGUCUGAGGUGUGAAGGGUCUGGGAUCCCUGAAGACAACUCCACCCUUUGGCUCCUCAAUGACAGGAUUAUUCCGGUCCAAAUCCAGGACUACGACAUCACGAAUGUCAAUAUGAUGGACAGUGGGAAGUACCAGUGCCAAAAAGGCCAGUCAGCUCUCAGUGAUCCUGUGAGGCUAGACGUCUUCCAAGACUUUCUGCUACUCCAGACCUUGAAAUUGGUUUAUACAGAAGGAGAGCCCUUGGUGAUGAGGUGCCAUUUCUGGAAAAAUAAAACCAUCGCCAACAUUGUAUUCUUUCACAAUGGUAAAGGAGUAUUUUCUCAAUGUGAGUCUAACUUUUCCAUCGAUCAAGUGAACCAUAGCCACAGUGGGAAUUACUCCUGUUCAGCAAAAAGAGGAAAUAAGAAAUACGAGUCAAAAGUGGUGAGAAUUACUGUCCAAGGUACAAAUAUAGAUCCAGAUUCAUCUACUUCCUUAUCUUCUAAAGUUGGGCACCACAUCCCUUUCUAUCUUGUGAUGGGACUUCUGUUUGCAGUGAACACUGUUCUAUACUACAGACUUAAUAGAGAAGCCAAUAGCCUAAAGAACACAAGGCACCCUUUAAAGACAUGAACCUGAGGAUCACUGACUCAUCAGCCUGUGGAAUAAUUAAGGUCUUGGCAUGGUGGCAACACAUUCAUCUCUGUCUACUUCCUCAUCCUCCUUAGUCCAUUCCUGAGAGCAGCAGAGGGACAAACCUGUUAAGCCUGGACUGAGGACUCUUCUCUUACCCUGCCCUCCAGUUUCCUUUGUCAUCAGAAGAUAGAGGUGUCUGUGAGCUCCAGGCAAAGUAAUUGACCCCAACUAGUAUCCUUCUCAUUGCUGAGUUCCUAGGAGCUCAGGGCUUAUGACUUAAGGUUGCACAAUUACUGACCCAACCCUAAACACAGAAGUACACUGUAAAUAUAUGAAAUAAUUUUAGUAUUUUAAUAAAUAAACCAAAAAUGUCUAGGGUAGUAACAACUUAACAUUUUGGUUGCAUCUGUCUUUUACAUGGGUGAUUUGAAGGUGAUACUAUAUAUCAGAAAAAGAACACAGUGGAGGGGAGGGAGACUACCAGGACAGAAUGUUGUAUGGAUGUCAGACAAUGUUUCCUUACAAGAUAUUUUUAUUUUAUUGCUUUUCUGUCACAAGGAAGGAAAAUGACUACCAUGUUAAGACAAAAUACAUCAAUAAAAUGUUUUUAAAAGCCAAA